AACAGAGCGCACCCCCCUAGCGGUAAACAUAAUGAACUAAUUUGUCAAAAUAGGUUAUUAACCAACUAAACAUAAAAUGUCGUAUUGGCAAUUCACGUCAGUCGGACCUCUUUUUCUUUCGCACGCUUUAUACGUAAGUCAAUACUCGUCCAUUGACUCUUGACUAGGCUACGUCAUUUAUUACCUCACUAUUCCGCGAGGCUACGUACCUACGUCGUAACGUCGCUUACCUACGUUUAUGUUUUCUGCAAGGAAAAACCAAAUUUUUUCGCAUUAAGUGAUUUGCAUUCAAGAAAAUGUUUUAUAUUGGUGCUCUGCGUGCGAACCAGUAUAGGUGAAAAUUGCGCGGCGGCACGGAGCAAACAAACGUGCGGGCCUCACGGGCAGCAGUUUGUUAUCAAACAGCUAGUGGCGAGGCGCGAGGGCCAUGGCGAUGGCGGCGCCCGGGAUCAUCGUGAAGGAAGGAUGGCUGCAGAAACGUGGUGAACACAUCCGGAAUUGGCGAGAUCGGUACUUCAUAUUGUUCGACACGGGGGACCUGGUGGGCUUCAAGACCCAGCCGGAGCGGAACAACUACAGGGACCCUCUCAACAAGUUCACCGUACGCGACUGCCAGAUCAUGGCUGUGGACAAACCUCGCCCCUACACUUUUACCAUACGUGGCCUGCAGUGGACCACUGUUAUUGAAAGGAACUUCUCAGUUGACAACGAAAAAGAAAGAGAAGAAUGGGUGAAGGCCAUCCGAGAAGUUGCCUCGCAACUGAGCACCGGAGGGCCCAGUUCAGCAUCGAUGUCCGAUGCUGACGAUCGCGACAUGGCACAGCUCGGCACCAGCUUCCGUGACCCCCGCCGCAUCACCUUAGAAAAAUUCGAAUUCGUGAAGGUGCUAGGCAAGGGUACGUUUGGGAAGGUGGUUCUGAGCCGUGAGAAGGGAACGGGAAAGCUGUACGCUAUGAAGAUAUUGAAGAAACACCUCAUUAUACAGAAGGAUGAGGUCGCGCACACCAUCACCGAGAACCGAGUGCUCAAGAAGACCAAGCAUCCAUUUUUGACGGCUCUCCGCUAUUCCUUCCAAACGGCAGACCGUGUCUGCUUCGUAAUGGAAUACGCUAAUGGCGGUGAAUUGUUCUUUCAUUUGUCCCGCGAGCGUUCGUUCACCGAGGACCGCACCAGGUUCUACGGAGCCGAGAUAGUAUCUGCUCUCGGGUACCUCCACUCCGAGGGCAUUAUAUAUCGGGAUUUGAAACUCGAGAAUUUGCUGCUAGACAAAGACGGACACAUCAAGAUUGCAGACUUCGGACUAUGCAAGGUGAAUAUAACGUAUGGACGCACGACCAAGACGUUCUGUGGCACCCCCGAGUACCUCGCCCCUGAGGUCAUAGAGGACUCCGAUUAUGGUCCCGCCGUAGAUUGGUGGGGUACCGGUGUAGUGAUGUACGAGAUGGCGUGCGGCCGGCUGCCCUUCUACAACCGGGACCACGACGUGCUGUUCGGGCUCAUCAUCAACGAGGAGGUCCGGUUCCCCCGCAGCGUGUCGGCCGCGUGUCGCUCGCUGCUGGACGGGUUGCUGACCAAGGACCCUCGCGCGCGGCUGGGCGCCGGGCCGGACGACGCGCACGAGAUCAUGAACCACCCCUUCUUCGCGUCGAUCAACUGGAACGACCUCGUGGCCAAGAAGAUCCCGCCCCCGUUCAAGCCUCAAGUGGAAUCCGACAUCGACACCCGGUACUUCGACUCUGAGUUCACCGGGGAGAGCGUCGAGCUCACGCCGCCAGAGAAUGAGAACAGCCUCGCCUUUAUACAGGAGGAGAGCUUCCCUCAGUUCUCCUAUCAGGAUAUAUGUUCAUCAGCGCAUUCAGCCCUCUCUCACAUGUCGCAUCACUCCGCGCUGACCGACAAACGGCACUAGCCCCCUCCACACACACACACACACCGAGCCGACGUAACACGUAAUAUCGACAGAAUUUAUAGUGCCGUAAUAAUAUCGAUAAACUAAAUCUUAACUAUCGAUAAAUAUAUCGACUUUUUGACGUAUGCCAUAUUCGCUUAGAACGGAGUUUGAAAGUCACAUUUUAUGGAAUAUAGACCAAAUCACCAUUUACGAUUGAAAACAACAACAAAAAAUUUAAAUCAAGUAAUAUGUGAAAUGAAAGUCUAAUAUCUGAAAACGCAGCAAAUAAUCGAGAAGUAUAUUAAUUACAUUAAAAAUCGAUUUAUUCAACUGUCGUAAAAUAUUUUAAGCCAUAUUGACGAUAGCAAGUUAUCGAUAAUAUUACGGUUACGCAUCGUGAGCCUUAAUAAUGACGAUUACAAGAAUGAUGUUAAUUCGAGAAAAAAGAAAUCGAUAGACAUUUGGAUAUUUUUUUGUAAGUUACCAUACCGUCGUCAUCAAUGUACAUUGUAACUAUUCGAAAUAGUAUAUUGACUAUAAUUACGUAUUGAAAUUACAAUCAAAUUAUUAUUUUUAUAUGUUACAUGUUCACUGAACAUCAAUAAAUACAUACACAAAUACAUAUAAUAUAGACGAAUCAUUAAUUCUGUUCUAAAAUGAAUGACAUUAUUGAUUUGAGUUGAUUGAUUUGUUCCUCUCAUCCGUUUAACAUCAUUCUCCAGCACUAAAAAUGCAAAAACCCUAAAAUAAAAAUCAUCUCGUUUAUUUUACUGAUCACAGGAAUGUAUCGAAGAUUAUGGAGCAACAUGAAUUUAUCUAUACACCCAAAUGUAAUAAUCUGAUACUAUAGUCAGUUGAACCUUCUCUCUAUAAGAUCGCUUUGUAAACGUUUAGAAAAAAUAACAACUUUAGUAAUUCGUAUUAAUUUAAAACAAUAAUAUCUUUAUACUAACACGCAUGUGUCAUUUGGAAUACUUAAGAGUCGACGCUACCGAAGGAACAGUUUUGUGUAAUGUAACAUAAUAAAAAUGCACCGUAUUCUCAAUAGCAGAACGCUCAUUUUGUCCCGUACCUAUAAAGUUGCUAUAUAAUGUACCGGCAUCCAAAAUUUGCGGGCCCGUAGUGUAUAGUGUGUUCUAUAGUCAGAGGUCAACGGCCGGGCUAACUAGUGAUGUGGCGGUGUUCACUGCUUUAAAUUUAAUGAAAAUUAUUAUUUGAUUUUUGUUUAUCACAUCAUUAAAUAAACGAAAAACACGUAGCACCUUUAAUUUCGAACAUCCAAAAGAAAUAAUGAUAAAUUAAUAUUGGCUCGAAUUUCAUACUUCCUUUAAUACGAAAUCGGUUACAAAGUAUGCGAUAAGGCGGUGAAUCAUCGUGUGCCGAAAUCAUUAGCGGCGUGUUCCCAAACUGUACUAUUAUGAAUUAAAAAAGCUUAAUCAUGUAUCCUCAAUAAAAAAAACAAAUAAAAACAAACAGACGUGAACAUGUUAAAUUUUAUAUAAUUAAUUACCAAGAACGAAACGCGUUAUUAUAGAGUGAUAAUAAUAAACUCAAUUUGUAAAAUUGGAUUAUUUAUAUUUCGAUUUUGGGUGAAGAUUGAAACGACAUUGUUUUUGAGGAAACUUCUGCUAUUGAAGUUCUAUAGAAACCGCAUCGAGGGGUGAAAUUAUAUUUGGUUUAAACCACAUUUUUGCAACCUUACAAGAGAGCCAUUUAAAGUUUAAAGUUUGGAAAAAAUUGUCAUUAAAAAAAAACUUUUUGAGAUAGAUGAAUAGAGUAAACUUAGUUGAAGUUCAAUGAAAAACAUCGGACUGUUGAUGCGAAUACCAAAUAAAACGCACCUUUAAUUACAAAGAUAAUUGUCGCGUGUUAAGCGAAAUGCGCUUAAACCAAAUAGUCUUUCAAUUCUCGUUAUAUUACAAUACAAUCGACCGUCAAUGUGCGAUGUGAUACAGAUUACGAAUGUGCCCGAGUAUCUUUCAAUUAACAAAAAUAAAAAUAUCGUUAUUUGAUGCCCAUAACUAUGCUAUUUUAAAAUACAAAUAAACUAAACUAGUGCAAGUCUUCGGGAAUAUUGAAAUUAAAAUAUUCAAAAAGCUUUCAGUCGAUUGUAAAAAUGAGGAUUGUAAUUAAAAUAAUUUCUCCAUAUCUUGAAAAAGUUUAAAUGAAAUUACAAUUACCCUUGUUGCUAAGAACGUUUUUGAUCCAAAUACAAAAAAAAAAAAUGUUACAUAAAAAAAAAAAAAAACUAAUCAUUGAAGCAAUUGUAUUCUUAAGACGUUAAUCACAUUUUGUACAUAAUUUGUAAGCAUUUUAUUAAAGUUCGAUAUAGCGGUAUAUAAUAGAAAUAAUGUAUAAGAUUGUAUCGAGCGAUCCUUACACAUAUUGUAAUUCAAAUAUAUAUGUAUAUAUAUAUUAUAUAAUAUGUAUUUUAGAAAGUGCGAUGAUAUCAUUUAACGAUAAACAAAUAUUGUAUAAUAUUUAAUUGCCGAUCACUGCAAAAAAAUACAUAAUGUUUCAAGGAAUUCAUGAAAUAAAUCCAUAAAUGCAUGCAAUUAUUUAUUGUUAAUAAAUAUAUUUUAAUAUUAUCGUAAAUGUUUAUGGAUAGUAAAAUGUGUAGGCUUAGGGGAAAAUGAAAACGGAUUAUGUUAAUAGGCUUAGACACAAUAGGGAGAAGUAGUUUAAGGAAUAAAAAGAAAUCGCCAACAAGACGAACUAAGUAAAGGUUUUUUUUUUGGCUCAUUUUUGGUCCACUUACUUACAUCUAUGCCUAAUACACUUGCGAUUGUUCAAGUUAAACGUCUCAGUGUUGCCAGAAAAAAAAUAAAAAAUAUAUAAAAGCGAGUAUAAAAAUAGGAAGUGUCAUACGAUGUAAUUUACUAGGGAAGAUAAGCAUUGAAAAAAUUACUAGCGGCGAACGAACACUGAUAUUUCAGAAAGUAUUUCUUGGGUUAAACGUAACGUGAGGGUAACUCCUCAGUCGUACCACGAGCCGAUCCACGUAACCAUAGCUGACGUAAGUUGAAGGUUUUGUAGAACAGGUAACAUUGGUCGAUUUUAUUGUAUUGCCAGAGUAUACGUAAUUUAUUUACUGUUUUUUUUAAAAGUAAUCCUUGACUUGGAUUAUAGUCUUUUGGCCGAAUUUUUGUUUACUACUUUAGUUUAUCAAAAGAGAGUCAAAGACCGGAUUGAACGAAGUCUUAGUAACAUGGCGGCAAUUGAGUAAGAUUUUGACUUUGAAGAAUUCAAGAAGUCACGUAUAGCGAUGUUUUGUUUUAUUUUCCCACACACACAUUGCGCAUUUAAACCGGAUAAAAGUUAUUAAAUUAACCAAAACAGAAACGGUAAGACUUUUUCGGUCGCCUUCUGGCCAAAAAGUCCAAUAAUUGAUUCCUUAAAGUUGUCAUCGCACCCCGUGUAAGAGGUAGUUUUUUUUUUUAAUAGUCUUAUUUAAGGUAUGUAAUCAUUACACAUCAAUAAUAAUCGCCGCGUCGAAUACGAACGAUUUGUUGGUUUGUAAACAAACAAAAAAAGAAAUGAUAAAUAUGGUGUUUUUUAACGAGGCGUGGAUGGUUUUUUUUUUUACAUAUUUAUAAAUGUACUUUUAUUAUUUUAAAUGCGUCGUUUGGUAAGUUGUUUUUUCUCAUAUCUGCGAACGUUUCACCUAGAACACUGCACCUUGAACGUGCACAGAAAAUCGAAUUAACGAAUAAUAAAUGAAAAUGUAUCGCUGGAAUAAUAUUUUGCACAUUGUAACAUAAGAAACUUGCAAUGAACACUGAAGUCGAAUGGACAAAAACAUUUGCAAACCUAAGUCUCAUUUAAAAGAGUUUCAGCCAGUGUCCUAUUGCCCCACUGUUUGCAACAUGGACGAUUUUUUUUCUUUGAAUUGGCAACACUGAUUGUCUACUCAAUACCGCGAAUGUUCGUUUAAAAUUCCUUCAGAUAACUGUAAUAAAAAUUUCGAUUGAAUAAUCGACCUUAGGCUGAUUGGUUUAAAUCUCGUAAUCGAAGCUCGUUUCGUUGACAAUGUGCGUAUAAUUUUGAAUAUUAGUGGUUUUAUCUACCAGUUUUUGUUCAUUCGUUCUAGAACGUUCGCAGCUAUGAGUUUCGAACGACGUUUUGUCUUUUAAUAAUAGACUGGGUUAGUGUCGAAGUGUGACCAGCUUAUCGCGGUUUUCAGUUACUAAAAUGUAAGCUUUAGGGUGUCUUUAUUUUAUUUUUAUUUUUUUUAUUUGCAACGGCGGAAUAAAUCCUACUUUUUUAAUCGUCGAAAUUUUAAUCAGGAUUAUUACAUAAUAUGUAUUCGAAUUUUUUAUUGAUUGCGCGUGAUACUUUAUGAAAUUUAAAUUUUAUUAAAAGGUUGGUCGAAUUUGAAACAAAUUAUAUAAGAUCAAUAUUUUUAAUUAUCUUUAUUCGUGAGUUAUUCCGCCUGUUUUUAAAGAACAGUUUAAUAUUUUUGGGUUUUGUCUAAACUAUAAAGAAAAAAUUUUGGUUUGAAAAUGGUCUUACAGAUAGUAAGAAACAGCAACAUGAUAAGUAUCAUUAUCUGUAAUUUUGAAUUAAUAUUUUCAAUAAUUUUUAUUUCAUUUCAUUUAUAUAUCAUUUUCUACUCAAAGGCCGUUAACUUCGCUUGGACAGAGCGUUCAUAAUGAUUGAAUUACUCGUUAUGAUUCGAUAUUGAAGCGUUAUUUUGUAUAAUUUCAAAUAAAAUUUUCAUAAAAAGUCAGGCUCAGGAGUAGCGACCCAUACAGCCUGAGUUCUCUUCAUUUUAAUAGUGAUUACUGUAUAAUACAAAAAUGAUUAUUGCUAAAUGGAUUUUGGAUGGACAGAUUCGAUUCGUUUUCGUAUUUAAGUGGUUAGUCGCAAGAGUUCAUCUAGUGUAUUCGCCCCGUUAUAUUAUGUAUUUCUUUUUGUAUAUAUUAAAGUUAGGAUUAAAAUGA